AUGCCACUUCUCGUGGAUCUUCAAGAGAUUUCUGUUUCAGACCAUGUUGAUUAUGAGGUCAUUUUGGUGAACCGGUUGAUUGAUCCUGAACUGCAAGAGCUAGAGAGGAGAGCAUCCGCUUUGUCUUUGGAAUGUCCAGAAUUUUCUUGUGGUCAGGUGUCAAGUGAUUUGACUCAGAAGAUUGCAGAUAUGGUUGUGGAGCAGAUGGGUGGCCCGGUUGAGAAUGCGGAUGUAGCAUUGAGAAGGUGGAUGCAUAAAAGCUAUGAACUAAGGAAUUCUUUGAAUACUACUGUUAUUCCACUUGGACGAGUUAGAUUUGGUCUUGCACGUCACAGGGCUUUGCUUUUCAAGGUGCUUGCUGAUAAGAUUGAUCUCCCGUGUAUGCUGGUAAAAGGCAGCUAUUACACUGGAACUGAUGAUGGGGCCGUGAACUUGAUUAAAAUAGACGACAAAAGUGAAUACAUUAUUGAUUUAAUGGGUGCUCCGGGGGCUCUGAUCCCUUCGGAGGUUCCAAGUAGUUUUCUUCCAGUUUCUUGCACUGAUACGAGAGUAUUUCCUGAUGAUCUGGACACGUUGCAACAUUCUUGCCCUGUACCUGAUAAAGAAAUUGAACCGCCGGCAUUUUCAGUUUUGGGGGAAACAGAUUCCAGAUCUUCUGGCAUUGUGGCAAACCUGUUCUCUGGAAACCAUGAAGAAAACAGAGAAAGAUGUGCAGCCGUUGAAAAACAUCAAACGGAGAGGUUUGAGCAUGACUUUGGAAAGCUAAUGCAAUCACAACAGAUAUCUGGUGAAAACUUGCCGCCGUUUUCUGUGAAACCAACAUGUGCACAGAAAGUAAAAGUCAAGAAUGUCUCAAAGUAUGUCAUAAGUGCAGCAAAGAACCCUGAAUUUGCGCAGAAAUUACAUGCGGUCUUGUUAGAAAGUGGUGCAUCACCUCCCCCAGAUUUGUUUAUGGAUGUCAAUCCACAAAACUUGAGGGAGAAGAGUUUGCUUCAGGAAUUCUGGCAAGAAAGUAGCAAUUCUAUGAAUUCUGCUUUUCCACGUAACCCAGAGAAGGUCGGAGACCAGUUAGCUGAAAAAGUGAGAGAUUCUGAAAGGAACCCCACAGCACUGCAAUUGUCAGCUGUUUGUACUUCAGUGAUGAAAAACUUUGAUGUGGAUAAGGAAACGAUGGAGAUCGACACUGCUGAUGGGGAGCCUUCUGUUUGUGAUAGUCAUGACCAAGGAAUUAAUCCAUUUCUCGGCGAGGCUGCAAAAUGGGAAAUUAUGUGGGAAGAUCUUCAGAUCGGCGAGCGGAUUGGUAUUGGUUCAUAUGGAGAAGUUUACCGUGCAGAUUGGAAUGGAACUGAAGUGGCUGUUAAGAAGUUUCUGGACCAAGAUUUCUCUGGUGAUGCAUUGACACAGUUCAGAUCUGAAAUUGAAAUAAUGUUGAGGUUGCGGCAUCCAAACGUUGUUCUUUUCAUGGGAGCAGUUACACGGCCGCCAAAUUUUUCCAUUCUGACAGAGUAUCUACCCAGGGGGAGUUUGUAUAGAUUACUCCACCGACCAAAUCAUCAGCUUGAUGAGAAGAGACGAAUGCGGAUGGCACUUGAUGUGGGAACCGCAUUUACGGCCAUCGUUUACGCAACUGAUGCGAAGUCUGAAGCGGCUACAGGGUCUAAACAUAAGCAAGAGAGGAAACACAAGUGA